UAUUCUAAGUUUGAAAAACGGACAGUAAAUCAUCAUUUCACACAAGUGUACCAAUGAACAGUGUGAUUUUGUUGUCGACCAGCUUAAGGUGUUACACUGGUCAGCCCUACUUUCCUGAGGAUUUUGGAUUUUAUGCGAUACGUUAACGGUUUAGAGCAUUUGCCUAUCGAGCUUCAAAGAAAUUUCACUCUUAUGCGAGAUUUGGAUUCAAGAGCUCAAUCAAUUAUGCGAAAUAUAGAUGAAAUUGCAGAAACUUAUUUAACAGAACUUCCUAAGAUGUCCAGUGAGGCCAAAAAGGAAAAACUAAAAGAAAUCCAGGGUUUAUUUAAUAAAGCAAAAGAAUAUGGUGAUGAUAAAGUGCAAUUAGCAAUACAAACAUAUGAAUUAGUUGACAAACAUAUUAGACGAUUAGAUUCAGAUUUAGCUAGAUUUGAAGGUGAAAUUCAAGAUAAAGCACUGAGUGGAAGAACUAAGAAUGAAGAAAUUACAAGUAAAAAAGGCCGCAAAAGAGGCAAAGAUAAAACAGCUAAGAAAAAAAGAGGACAUGUUACUGAUGAGGAAGCAGCUGAAGCCAGUGCUUCUGAUAGCAAAGGAAGACCUCACAAAAAACAUAAAAAGACACCUGAUAGUCCAAAAGAUACGGAUGCUCCCUUGGAUGGAGCACCUCACCCAAGUGAUGUAUUGGACAUGCCAGUUGAUCCAAAUGAGCCCACAUAUUGCCUCUGUCACCAAGUUUCUUAUGGAGAGAUGAUAGGAUGUGAUAAUCCAGAUUGCCCUAUCGAAUGGUUCCACUUCGCUUGUGUUGGUUUGACAACUAAACCAAAAGGAAAAUGGUUUUGUCCAAAAUGUACUCAGGAUAGGAAGAAGAAAUAGUAUAUUUUAGUUUAUACAAUUAUUGAUUGUAAUUUAUUUAUAACUUAUUAACGUUGCUGUUAAUAUUUCUCGAUUCAUUUAUAGUUAUUUAAAUUGUGCAUUUAUUAAUAUUUAUAAAAGGUUAAACGAAAUAAAUAUAUGAUAAUUAUAAAGA